CGGGGGCGCUGGGGGCAGCGGGGCCGCUCGCUGCCUCGCCCUGCGCCGGCGGGCGGCAGCGGCCCCGAGCCGGGGCCGGCGGAGCGGGGCCGCCGCUCCGGCAGCCGCUGCCCUCGGGGCCCGCCGCUGACACCCUCCGUGCCUGCGCUCCCGGCAGCUGCCCUGCACAGCCCUCGCCUCCCGCUGCGCUCUGCCCUGCGCUCAGCCUGCCCAGAUACAGCUGCGCCUCCUGACUGCACGAUCCUGAGAUGGAACAGGACAAUAGGAACCCCCAGCCUGGGGAUCUGAUCGAGAUCGACCGCCAAUUUCAUCAGCACUGGGCCCUCUACAUGAGGAAUGGAUAUGUCAUCCACUUGACACCUGAAGAUAAACAGGAGGUUAAACAGGAAGGUCUCAAGGUAACAGUAUUCAUCAGAACAGUGAAGAAGAAGCUCCUGGUGAACGUGGCUGGAAAGAAUCAAUGGCGUGUCAACAACAAAUCUGAUAAGCAGCACAAUCCUCUCCCAGUGGAAAAGAUCAUCUCACAUGCUAAAGCUUAUAUCGGCAAGGAGGUGACAUACCGUUCGUUUGGCAGCAACUGUGAGCGCUUUGUGAAAAAACUCCGCUAUGGAGAGGCAUUCUCUGAGCAGAUAGCAAUUGUUUGCAUGCUGGCAGUAGGAUCCGUGUUGUUGCCUUGACUUUGUGAAUGGGAUUGCUGGGAGUGAAAUCCAGAGAGAAGACCAAUGAUGGGCCAUCAGGAAAGGUCACAGAAGGGCAGGGUUUCCCUGGCUGCAUGGGAUCUCUGCUCUGCUUUUGCCACCCUUAGAGAAAGAAUUACAUGAAAGCCUUAAUAAAAUGUAAACACCCAGACUCAUCAUGCCUAGAAUAUUGUUUUGUGUGAAAGUUCAGCAUUCUGGCCUUGCUUCUCCCUGCCAUCCCAUUAAGAAAUUCCAAGUCAAGCACAUCAUGAAUUCAAGCUGAUCCCCAGCAGUACUGAGCUGUUUGUCACAUCUCCUUUUACCUUUUGUCUGUGAUGAUUUUUGUGGUUAUCUACAAGCACUUGAAAGCAAAUCUUUUCCUACGCUGCCACCUCCUCCCCUUC